AUGAAAACACUUCUGAUGGUGUUAUUGUAUACUCUUCUCAUUGACAUCGAAGGCCUUUCAGAAAGCAAGAAACCCCGCAAGAGCGUCUCCUUCUCAGAUGUGAACUUGAAACAGUUCAAAGAGUUUGACUUUGACAGUUUGAGCUCUCUGAUGGUCAGAGAUGACAUCGGUCAGCUAAUACUCGGAGCCAGGGGGAAAGUUAUCGCGCUCAGUUUGGAUGACAUCACGAAGGAGACGAGUGAGGAGACGUGGGCUGUCAGUUCUGCAGAAAAGGCUCUCUGUCAGAUGAAGGGCAAGAGUAGUGAAGAAUGUGAAAACUUCAUCAGGAUUCUGCACUCGACAGAGGACGGCAACAUGUUUGUGUGUGGGACGAACGCUUUUAACCCCGCCUGCACCUACAUGAAUUUCACAGAUGGAAAACUAUUUUUUGAAAAAACACCACAAGACGGCAGAGGAAAAGUUCCCUUUGACCCCUACCAAGAAUUUGCCUCAUUUAUGGAUGGAAACACAUUAUUCUCUGCCACAUCUUCAAACUUCCUGGGAACAGAAAUGGUGUUCCAGAGACAUGGGCCGAACCCCAUCAAGACCGAAACCAAACUUUCCUGGCUCAAAGAACCCACCAUGAUUUCAAUUGUCAUUACUGAAGUGAGCAAAUACUCAGAAAACAACGAGGACGACAACGUGUUCUUGUUCUUCACUGAGAAUGCCGUUGAGGAACUUCGAAGCAACGUUCGCGUUUCAAGAAUUGCUCGUGUGUGCAAGAGCGACUUGGGAGGACUGAGAACAUUGCAGCAAAAGUGGACUUCUUUUUUGAAAGCCCGGUUGGACUGUCCAUUUGGAGAUGCUGGUUCACCAGCUCUGGUCCAGGAUGUUUAUUUCCUCAAAGAUAAAACCAACUGGACUGACAGCGUCUUCUACGCCACAUUCACCUCCAACCCGGAGCCCUCCAGUGCUUGCAUCCAGUCUGCUGUCUGUGCAUACAGACUGUCAGACAUCAGACAAGUGUUCAGAGGCACAUUUCUGACCGAGAGCGACACUGGGAGCUGGGACACGUACACAGGAGUGGAGCCUUAUCCAUACCCUGGUUCGUGCAUUGAUGAUGAAAUGCGGGCCAGUGGUGUGAUGACAUCUCUGAACCUGUCAGAUACAACCUUGCUGUUUGUAAAGAGCCAUCCUCUGAUGGAAGGGGUGGUCACACCCAUCACUGGCAAACCCUUGCUGGUCCAGGCUUCAACACAGUUUACCAAAGUUGUUGUGGAUCAAGUAACAUCUCUAGAUGGACAACAACACCAUGUCAUCUUUAUUGGCACAAACUCUGGUUGGCUGCAGAAGGCGGUGAGGUUUGGUGGUGAAGAAGGACGGAUCAUCGAGGAGCUCCAGCUGUUUCAGGACGCUCAGUUUAUUGACUUUCUUCAGCUCUUUUCCAGAACAGGGCAGCUGUACAGUGGUGCCAGAAACACUGUCGUACAAGUCAAUGUGAGGGGUUGUGGCCGCUACACGUCGUGUGAAGACUGCCUUCUCGCCAGAGACCCGUACUGUGGUUGGGACGUCAACAGAAGGCGAUGCGAUACUGUUGUUGGAGCAUCAAAAUUAUUCAUGAUUCAAGAUCUCAUGGAAGGAAACACCAAUGCAUGUCCAAACGCAGAGUGGGAGAAUAAUGUCACCACAGUUCACCUUGCUCCUCGUAUUGCACAGUUCCUCCCAUGCACUCCUGACACCAACCUUCCUGUCAGCUGGCGCCUCUCUGGUAUCAUCCUCCAUCCUGGUCCCCGACACCGUCUGCUCAGCCAGGGUCUCAUCAUCUGUCCCUCCUCUUCGGAUGCCGGCCUUUACACCUGCGAGACAGUAGAAACCGUGAAAGGCAGAGAACACAGGACGGCUGUGGUCCAGUAUCUCGUCAAGGUUCAAAAUCUUUCCGCUCAUGUCUUGAGCCUGCAGAUAGCCGUCAUCCUCCUGGCUUGUUUUGCUGCUUUUCUGAUUUGCCUCGCAGGCAAAUACCUCAGGGCAGCAAAACUGAAACGUGUUGGAAACCAAAUCUGCAACAGCUGUCAACAGAGAACUUUUCAUCAACGUGAUCAGGUGAAUCAGAGAUGCAGCGAGCAAAGUCUGCAUCACCAUGUGAGGGAUGCUGCCUCUGAGGGAGCUGGAGCAACACAGGUGGAGGAGAGUCGGGCCUGA